AUGGAGCAGAGCAUUCAGUUGGAAGACGGCAGCAGCGGCCAUUCGCCCAGUCGGCGGCGGUCGGCGGCGGCCGUACUCUGCCAACACACAAGCUUCCGGCAACAGCAGCCGGAAUCUCAGCAGCCGAACAACAAGUCCGCGGAUAGGCGCCGCUUGCUACCACCGCAGCAGCAGCAGCAGCAGCAGCAGCAGCAGCGCACAGCAUUAUCAUCACCUCCAUCAACAGCACCACCGCCACCCCUCCGAACUGCUCUCGGGGCCCGCAGUGGUGACUGCUCUUCUGACCGCCACCAGCGCACACCACCACCAGCCUUGCUGUCACGUGGUUGGUGGCCCCAACGUAGUGGUGGGCGGCAGCAAGCCCCCGUGCUCUUGGACUCCGCGCUGCCCAGUGACAGUGACCCCAACCUGGAGCAGCACAGCUCCGAGGAAGAGCUCGAGGUCAUCAAUAACCGCGCCGGUUCGGCCGAGAAGCGCAAGUGGUCGCAGGCCAACCAGCGACGCGCGCGGGGUUGCCAGAGGUGA